AGAGCAGUUCUUGAAUCCAUCAACCGCCAUUAAACUUCAAAUGUUUCCUGUUUUUCAUUUCUCAAUUACAAUUGAUCAAUGACUUCAGAGCUCUUGGAAAUUCACCCUCAACAACUCAAUUUUACUUUUGAGUUGAAGAAACAGAGUUCAUGCUUGAUCCAAUUAACCAACAACACUGAUCAAUAUGUAGCCUUCAAGGUGAAGACUACUUCUCCUAAGAAGUACUGUGUGAGACCCAACACUGGCAUUGUUAAACCUAAAUCAACAUAUGAUUUUACAGUUACUAUGCAAGCUCAGAGUGUUGCUCCACCUGACUUGAUGUGCAAAGACAAGUUUCUGAUUCAAAGUACAGUAAUUCCUCUUGGGACAUCUGAGGAAGACAUUAUAGCCAACAUCUUUUCUAAAGAAAGUGGCAGGCACAUUCAAGAGAAGAAGCUAAAAGUAUUCCUUACAAGCCCACCACAGUCAGCAGUUUUGACAGCAAUCAAUGGAGACCUCAAACAAGAUAUGGGUCAUGAAACUUCACCACGAAGGGAUAAAGCUUGGCGUGGAGUUGAAAACAUACCUCCACCUCAGAAGGUUGCUGAGGGUUUGAUGGGAUUUGAGACUGCUAGGGAUGCAAUAGAGUUAAGAGCAACUAUGGAUGUUGAACUACUUAAAACUUCGGUAGAUGACUCUAAAGAGCAAACUGCAGCUAGCAGUGUGCAGUCAAGUCUCCCCAAGGAUGUGCAGGGAUUGAAAUGCUCUAAGGAAAUGAAGUUGGAUGAAAAUUUUGAGGACUUGAAGUCAAAGAUAAGUUUUAUGGAUUCAAAACUUAAAGAGGCUGAAGUUACCAUCAUGAAGCUGACACAAGAGAGGAGUAUGGCUGCUGAAGAGAAGGACAAGCUUCUGGGUGAAUUAGUGGUAUUGAAGACGAAUUCCAUUACCGGACGAACAAUUCAGGUCGGUUUUCCCUUCUUCUACGUAUGUGUGGUGGCCAUCAUGAGCCUGGCGAUCGGAUAUUUGAGCCAUCAUUAGGAGAGAACUUCUUCACAUGAAAACAAGUGAAUAAUUUGUGAUUUUUUAUGGUUAUGGUUGUGGUGGAUCUUAUUAUCUGUUUAUCAUGAUGUUCUAAAUUCCAA